AUGGAAGAGGCUGUCCUCUUCAAUCAAACAACUUUAGUGAUGUAUUUUCGGCUUAGAGAUUUAUCUGCAAAUCAGAAUGUGCAGAUGGCUUCAUUUGCCAUGUUCCUCAUUUUCUAUGUCCUGACACUGAUUGGCAACAUCCUCAUUGUCAUAACUAUUAUCUAUGACCGUCGACUCCAUACUCCCAUGUAUUUCUUUCUCAGCAACCUAUCCUUUAUUGAUGUCUGCCAUUCCACCGUCACUGUCCCCAAGAUGCUGAUAGAUACCUGGUCAGAGGAGAAGCUCAUCUUCUUUGAUGCCUGUGUAACUCAGAUGUUCUUCCUGCACCUCUUUGCCUGCACAGAGAUCUUUCUCCUCACUGUCAUGGCCUAUGAUCGAUAUGUGGCCAUUUGCAACCCUCUGAAGUACAUGGCAGUGAUGAACUGGAAAGUAUGUGUGCUGCUGGCUGUGGCCCUCUGGACAGGAGGGACCAUCCACUCCAUAGCCCUGACCUCCCUCACCAUCAAGCUGCCCUACUGUGGUCCUGAUGAGAUUGACAACUUCUUCUGUGAUGUACCUCAGGUGAUCAAACUGGCCUGCACCGAUACCUACAUCAUCGAGAUCCUCAUCAUCUCCAACAGUGGGCUGAUCUCUGUGGUCUGUUUUGUGGUCCUCGUGGUGUCCUAUGCAGUCAUCCUGGUGAGUCUGAGGCAGCAGAUCUCAGAAGGCAGGCGCAAGGCCCUGUCCACCUGUGCAGCCCACCUCACCGUAGUCACACUGUUUCUGGGACAUUGCAUCUUCAUCUAUUCCCGUCCGUCCACCAGCCUCCCAGAGGACAAGGUGGUAUCGGUGUUUUUCACCGCUGUCACACCCCUGCUGAACCCCAUCAUCUACACCCUUAGGAAUGAAGACAUGAAGAAUGCCUUGAAUAAGUUAAUGGGGAAGAUAGAGGGGAGAGAAAAAAAUGACAAUAACUAA